GUGCUCUCCGCCUUGGCUCCUCCCCCUCCUCAGCUCUCCAGCCCACACUCCGGCCAGGAUCACACACAGCAUCCCGGCCUGACACCACCGACACCCACCGCCUGAUCCUCGAGGAGGAGAUGUGUACUUGUGAAGGAUUCUCCGGGGGGACCCCGAGCCUGGGAUCCUGAGAUCAGUCUGGAUCAGUGAUCGCUCGUUUAGCUCCCCGUUCACAGGCCGCCCCCCAAGCCCCGGAUCUAUACUCCGCUUCUCCCACGGCCGCUGUGACGCCCCCCGCAGGUAUGUGGGGGAGGAUGAUCUCGGAUUACGGAUCCGGAUUAAACACUUUUAGCGCAGGUACAGAUUUCCCCUCAUCAGGGUGGCUCUCGGGUUCAUUGUGGCAUUCUACAGUUGCUUCACCCAGUGGCAGAAGUAGCCACACGCGAAGACACAGCAUUACAUCUGACAGUGGAGAUACGGGCAUUGGAACCUCCUGUUCAGACAGUCUGGAAGACCAUUCGACUUCCAGCGGUACUUCCACCUUUAAGCCGGUGCACCCACUGGUCAGUCUUCCAUCUGCUCAUGUCAUGCCCUCUACAGCCAGGUCAUCAGUGGCCAGACACAGAGAGGAGCGGCUGGACACAUCUUCUUGGGACACCAACUAUUCUUUGUCUGCUGUAGGCAGGAUCUAUGGCCACUCGGAUAGCCCACUCGAUAUGAAAGACUCCAGGCCCAUAAAGAAGUGGUCAUCUCUUUCUAAACUGAGUACUCCAGAAGCCUUCGGGCAGGAUGGCAAAGUUGAAAACACAGGGUCGCGGAAUAGCCUGGAUCGUAUGAGUAGAGAUAGCUCUCUUUCCCAGCACUCGCGGGGUUAUAGGCCAUCUUGUCUGCACUACAGCAUGGAGGCACUGAAACUGGACGAUAAAGACAUUGAUAAGAAGGACAUGGCGGGUGUAGACCUCAAAUAUAAAUUUGACAGCUGCAGCGGCUCCGAGUUCUCUCCAUUUGCUACUCCAAGUCGGAGGCAUACCUUAGACAUGACCUACAGUGCCUUACCAGAAAGUAAGUCUUUUACAGCCGGUGACAAUGUUUCAAAAUAUAGCCACUUGGGUUACCAGGCUGGAUCCCCCCUUCAGUCUUCCUUAAGGACUCAGAUGUGGCUUUCGGAUCAGUUUCAUGCAAAUUCUCAAGACAGGAAAACUCCUGAGGAAACGUGUGGCUUGUCUUCCUGGCAUCAGCUAGAACUGCUUCGUCAAGAAGCUGAACACGCACAGGUUGGGAAUAAUUCCUCUCGAAUAACGUUUACUGGAGUGCCCGUAAGUCAGGAUGCCUCUAAAUGGGAGUCCCUGGUGAAAAUCAAAGAAGGACUACUGCGACAGAAGGAUAUUGUACUAGAAAGACAGAGACAGCAGAUCUCCCAUCUGCAGCAAGCCAUCAGAGGCGGUGAGCUACGUACUCAUCAGUCAGCCAAAAGUCCAGUGAUGAAUGGAGAAGACCGCUACAUCCAUGGGAUCAAGAGCCCAACAUGUGAAAGCUGUAAACCUCUGCAGAAUCUGGUUCUGGACCGGUCAAAUCCCUUCCUUAGAGGAGAAUUGGAGGAAAAGCUUUUAUCUGCUGAGACAGGCUCUGCACAUUUCUGUGAGGUUCCAAAACAGGGUGUGAUUAAAUCCUCCGAUGACCUGAAAAAGCUGGAGGAAAAGAUAAAAACCAGAGACAAGUACAUUAACAGUCUAAGAAAGAAAUGUCAAAAAGAGAAUGAGAUUAAUCGGGAGAAGCAAAGGCGGAUUGAAACUCUGGAAAAAUAUGUAGCUGACCUGCCUACACUUGAAGAUGUACAAAGGCAGAGCGAAAGGCUUCAUUUAUUAGAGGAGGAAAACCAGCAACUGCGGGAGAACAUGAAGUGUCUUGAAAAACUAGUAAACGAGUCAAGGACACAAUGUAAAGAAAAAGACGCCCAGACAGAGUGCCAGAAACAGAGGGAAAAAGAGUUAGUGCAGACUGUACAAAGCCUACAGCAAAAAGUUCAAAAAUGUUUAGAAGAUGGUGUCCGAAUCCCUAUUUUGGAUGCAAAACAACUCCAGGAUGAAAAUGAGCGGCUUCGAGAGCAGAACGAACGUGCAAACAAGGUCAUAGACAAUCAACAAACCCAAAUUGACACUCUGACUGCAGAAAUUCAGGCAAUACGAGAUAAGCUGUUCCAGGAGAAAGCAUGUGUACUGGAAGUAGAGAAGAAGAUGGCAGAGCAAUCAGAAUGUACAGAAAAAUUACACACCCUAUACCUGGAAAAUGAAAAGCUGAAAGAAGAGAAUUGCUCAAUGGGUGAACAGCUAGAAAAGUUACUUGUGUCCCGGCAACCAUUGUCGGAGAAGAUGCCGGUGGCUGAGCAGCUGUUUAAGGAAAUGUCCCACUGUCUGUUUGACUUGAAAGCACUUUGCAGUAUUCUAAAUCAAAGAGCUCAGGGAAAGGAGCCCAAUCUCUCUCUGCUUUUGGGCAUUCGCUCGGUCAACUCCUCCGAGGAACAUGAAGUCGGCAUUCACAGCACUGAGGCCCUCACCCAGAAACUGUCAGAUGUACAUCAGUUACGCAGAGACAUUGAUGAACUGAGAACUACAUUGUCGGACUGCUAUGCUCAGGAUAUGGGAGAUAACUGUAUCACCCAGUGACUAACUGAGAUCUCUCAUUAAAUGUUCAUGAACUACGGUCACUUACAUUUCAGGCUCCUCACUUGCGUUUCAGUCUUGGAGCUAUAUGAAAUUGGUACAUACUCUAUGCAUAGCACACCUGAGGUGCUUUCUCAAGAAACCCCUUCACAUUUCAUCACUCUUUCAGCAUGAAGUAACCUGUCUGGAUUUUUCUCUUCUUUUUAUAACAUAACUAAACAAUGGACAAGACUGCGUAGAGCACAUGCCAUACCUUUUUAUAAAGUACUGAACAGAACACUCGUGGAUGUAGAUGGAAGCUUAAGAAGGCCAUCCUAAAAAUGUCUCAUAUAGCGGGUGAAAGAAAAAGAAAAUGCUAUGUAAAAGGAAUGUUUUAAGAAACCUCUGUACAUCUCUCACUAAUGCUUUGAUGCAGCUAUGAUGGCCGGUAUAUGCUAUUAGUAUCAUUUGCUUAGCCUGCAGAGGUAGUCUAUUGAUAUAUAAAGGAAUUGAAGGUUUACCGGUAUAUGUGUUCAGGGUACAAAGUGUCUGAAAAAGCAUGGAAAGCCAAUUCUUAACAGGGUUUAACGCAAGCCUGUCCUGCAUGAGGCAGAUCAUUUUGUUUAUUUUCACCCCAGCUGAUGCCAGUGAAGAUAAAGCUUUCCUAAAUACUGGUUCCAGACAAAAAAUGCUUGCCUUCACCAUGUAUACCUGACACAGCCUAAAGUAAUCAUUCUGCCUAAAAGGUUUUUACAGCAUAUCUUCAUCACCUCUAGCAAUGAUUUGGACACAGAAAAUAUCAAAAGGAUCCAUUCACACUUUCCUGCAUACAGUUUUGUAUCACAAUUUUCAGUGGAGUUGUUCUCAACUCUUCAUUUUCUUGCGCAUGCAGAAAACGCUUUUAAAACGCAUAAACUGCAUAGUAAAAUACACAUUAAGUUUGCUUAAAAAUACAUGAAGUGUAAAUAGGUCAUAAUACAGCAAAGCAGUAUAAACACUCCAAUGCAUUAUUUUAUUAAAGAAGGAAUACCAUAGAAGGUUUAUUAUGAUUUUUAGAAAAACUGUAGUUCUGUAGAAAAACGUUUCUUAGUGUCCUCAAGGGAGGUACAGAAAUAUAAAUUUGUAGUUGCUUAUUGAAAGACCGCUUUGAUUGAAGAAAAGCAGUGGGUUAUAGUGCUACCUUUAGGAAUAGGAUGCUAGGUGCCAGCAAAAAAAAA